CUGUGAGCGGGGUGUGGGAGUGGAGGGGCCAGUCACCAGGAAGCGGCCCGUGCCAAUCAUGCCCUACUUCCUGCUUUCCUCCUUACUUCCGGUCACACAGAUCAGGGUUAAACAGUGGUAAAGAAGACAUCCGAUCGCAUUGUGUUAGAGGGACUGAGCAGAACCCAGAGCCCCAUCACUGUGCCUCCACCUCACUCACUGAUACAUGAGACACAAUAACCAAAAGAUCCUGGAACUCACCAACAAGACGAUUCAGCUGACUGGAGAGGUGACUUUUGGGAGGGGGAGUAUAUAGAGGAACACAGGGGUCUGUACAAGGACGUGAUGAUGGAGAAUCACCGGCCCCUCACAUCACUGGAUGGGCCCAGUAACAGAGAUACCCCAGAGAGAUGUCCCCGUCCUCUGUAUUCCCAGGAUUGUACAGAGGAGAAUCACAGGACCGCACAGGAGGAUCAGGUAGAACGUCUGUCUGAUAUUAAAACAGAAGACAUAGAAGGAGAAGAAGAGACGUAUGUGACUGAUAUAAAGGCAGAAGAUAUAGAGGGAGAAGAAGAGACUUAUGUGACUGAUAUAAAGGCAGAAGAUAUAGAGGGAGAAGAAGAGACGUAUGUGACUGAUAUAAAGGUAGAAGAUAUAGAGGAAGAAGAAGGGACGUAUGUGACUGAUAUAAAGGCAGAAGAUAUAGAGGAAGAAGAAGAGACGUAUGUGACUGAUAUAAAGGCAGAAGAUAUAGAGGGAGAAGAAGAGACGUAUGUGACUGAUAUAGAGACAGAAGAUACAGAGGGAGAAGAAGAGACGUAUGUGACUGAUAUAAAGGCAGAAGAUAUAGAGGAAGAAGAAGAGACGUAUGUGACUGAUAUAAAGGCAGAAGAUAUAGAGGAAGAAGAAGAGACGUAUGUGACUGAUAUAAAGGCAGAAGAUAUAGAGGGAGAAGAAGAGACGUAUGUGACUGAUAUAGAGACAGAAGAUACAGAGGGAGAAGAAGAGACGUAUGUGACUGAUAUAAAGGCAGAAGAUAUAGGGGGAGAAGAGACGUAUGUGACUGAUAUAAAGGCAGAAGAUCUAGAGGGAGAAGAAGAGACGUAUGUGACUGAUAUAAAGGCUGAAGAUCUAGAGGGAGAAGAAGAGACGUAUGUGACUGAUAUAAAGGCUGAAGAUCUAGAGGGAGAAGAAGAGACGUAUCUGAAGGGUGAUCAGCAGUGUAAGGAGGAGGAAAUCCCUACAGAUAUCAGCACAGCAGAUGGACACACAAGCAGGAAUAUCUCAGAAGGACAUCUAAUGUUAUCCCCGGAUUGUGACAUAAAAGAUAAUGACAGUAGACCGGAUUCUCCAGGAGAUAACCCCAUUACCCCAAUGAUACAUCCAGCUCUAUCAGCUGGUCCUUCUGAUCCUGGGAAGUGUUCUCCUGAUCACUCUGAUAUUGGUGCAUCUGUUACAGCUCUGACAGUAGAUACAGUGUUUCCCUGUUCUAUAGAUGCCAAAUGUUUUACACAGAACACAAAGCCUAUUAACCCACACACAGGUAAGGCAGGUGGAAGGCCACUGAUAUGUUCAGAGUGUGGGAAAUGUUUUACAUACAAAUCACAUCUUGUUAUACAUCAGAGAAGUCACACAGGUGAGAGGCCACUGACAUGUUCUGAGUGUGGGAAAUGUUUUGCACGGAAAUCACAUCUUGUUAUGCAUCAGAGAAGUCACACAGGUGAGAAGCCGUUUCCAUGUUCUGAGUGUGGGAAAUGUUUUGCACACAAACUAUAUCUUGUUAGACAUCAGAGGAGACACACAGGUGUGAAGCCAUUUUCUUGCUCUGAGUGUGGGAAAUGUUUUACACAGAAAUCACAACUUGUUACACAUCAGCAAAUUCACACAGGUGAGAAUCUGUUUUCUUGCUCUGAGUGUACGAAAUGUUUUACACGGAAAUCAGAUCUUAUUACACAUCAGCGAAGUCACACUGGUGAGCAGCCAUUUCCAUGUUCUGAGUGUGGGAAAUGUUUUGCAGACAAAUCAAAUCUUACUAAACAUGAAAGAAGUCACACAGGUGAGAAGACAUUUUCAUGCUCCGAGUGUGGGAAAUGUUUUACACGGAAAUCACAUCUUGUUACACAUCAGCAAAGUCACACAGGUGAGAAGCCAUUUCCAUGUUCUGAGUGUGGGAAAUGUUUUGCACACAAACCAGAUCUUGUUAGACAUCAGAGAAAUCACACAGGUGAGAAGCAAUUUUCUUGCUCUGAGUGUGGGAAAUGUUGUUUAAGUAAAUCACAUCUUGUUACACAUCAGAGAAGUCACACAGGUGUGAAGCCAUUUUCUUGCUGUGAGUGUGGGAAAUGUUUUACACGGAAAUCAAAUCUGGUUAGACAUAACAGAAGUCACACAGGUGAGAAGCCAUUUUCUUGCUCUGAGUGUGGGAAAUGUUUUACACAGAAAUCACAUCUUGUUAUACAUCAGAGGAGUCACACAGGUGAGAAUCUGUUUUCUUGCUCUGAGUGUACGAAAUGUUUUACACGGAAAUCAGAUCUUAUUACACAUCAGCGAAGUCACACAGGUGAGAAGCAAUUUUCUUGCUCUGAGUGUGGGAAAUGUUGUUUAAGUAAAUCAGAUCUUGUUAGACAUCAGAGAAGUCACACAGGUGAGAAGCCAUUUUCUUGCUCUGAGUGUGGGAAAUGUUUUGCAUGGAAAUCAAAUCUUGUUAAACAUCAGAGAAGUCACACAGGUGAGAGGCCAUUUCCAUGUUCUGAGUGUGGGAAAUGUUUUGCACGGAAAUCAGUUCUUGUUAUACAUCAGAGAAGUCACACAGGUGAGAAGCCAUUUCCAUGUUUUGAGUGUGGGAAAUGUUUUGCACGGAAAUCAGUUCUUGUUAUACAUCAGAGAAGUCACACAAGUGAGAAGCCAUUUCCAUGUUCUGAGUGCGGGAAAUGUUUUGCACACAAAUCAGAUCUGGUUAGACAUAACAGAAGUCACACAGGUGUGAAUACAUUUUCUUGCUCUGAGUGCGGGAAAUCUUUUGCACACAAAUCAGAUCUGGUUAGACAUAACAGAAGUCACACAGGUGAGAAGCCAUUUUCUUGCUCUGAGUGUGGGAAAUGUUUUGCAUGGAAAGCAGAUCUUGUUAAACAUCAGAGAAGUCACACAGGUGAGAAGCCAUUUUCCUGUUCUGAGUGUGGGAAAUGUUUUGCACGGAAAUCAGAUCUUAUUACACAUCAGAGAAGUCACACAGGUGAGAAGCCAUUUCCAUGUUUUGAGUGUGGGAAAUGUUUUGCACACAAAUCAGAUCUGGUUAGACAUAACAAGUCACACAGGUGAGAAGCCAUUUUCUUGCUCUGAGUGCGGGAAAUGUUUUACACAGAAAUCACAUCUUGUUACACAUCAGCGAAGUCACACAGGCAUUUCCAUACUCUGAGAAAUAAGCUUUUGUUGCACACAAUAGACCACUCAGGUGAGAAACCAUUUUGAUCUUCUUGAGUAUACUUAUCAUUGCCAUGUAAUGUUCCUCAAGAUUCUGUCCUAUCUCUUAUGCUUUUUGCAAUAUACAUGCAACAGGUCCUUCUGAUAGAAGCUCACCAACAAAGGGCAGGGCUACAGCUCAGCUUUGCAAACCAAACAGACUUAAGCUUGGGGGUUCAGAGUAACAAAAUGCUGAUCAUGUGCGGAAUCUUGGGGGUAAAUUUACUAAGAUGUGAGUUCUAUUUAAGAUGGGAUGUUGCCAAUAGCAACCAAUCAGAUUUCAGGUAUUAUCUUCUAUAAGGUGCUAGAUAAAUGAGAAGUAGAAUCUGAUUGGUUGCCAUGGGCAACAUCCCAUCUUAAAUAGAACUCCCAUCUUAGUAAAUUUCCCCCUUGGUGUCCUGGAUGGUGGAGUGAUACUUGGGGGGUAUUCAACUGUUUGAAAAGUCAGGUGUUUGUUUUUUCCUAUCUACUAGACCGGAAAAAACACCCCCAACCAACUUUUCAAACAGUUGACUUCCACGCUUAGACAUCAAAUAUCAGCCACAAUCAGAUCCUCAUCUGAGGAACAUAGCCAGACUCCAGCACUUAUUUCCCUCAGAAGAUCUACCUACAGUCAUACAUGUAUUUGUAUCAUCACACAUAGACUACUGCAAUGUCCUCUACCUGGGUCUCCCAGCAAAUGAAUUGCACCGCUUGUAGCUUGUACAGAAUGCAGCAGCCAGGUUGUUACCUAACCAGCCCGUUCCUGCCACAUAACACCCAUUCUCUGCUCCCUUCACCGGCUGCCUGUAAGAUGGUGACUCUAUUACAUAAUCUUACUGACUCUCCCAGCCCUACAUGACCAGGGUCCAAGGUACCAGAAGCAGCGCCCUGUUCGGUUCCAUCUGCAGAUGAAGGACUGUAACUAGCAGUAUCAAUUCCCCAAGCAGUGCUGAGAUGUCGGGUAGGCGGCACCUUUGCAUUAGUGGGGGCUGCUGGAGCAGUGUCUACAUAGGUAAUAUUGUCUCCAAGCAGCACUGAGGUGUCAGGGGAGACAGGGCGGAUGGCUGCAGUGCGGUACCAGGGGCUGCUGGAGGCAGUGUCUAUGUGGGUAAUCAUGUCCCAAAAAAGAGCUAAGGUGUCAGGGAGACAGCGGGUGGCAGUAGUGGAAGGAGACAGGGUGGUGGCAGUAGAGGGGUAGACAGGGCAAGUGACCGUAGUGGGGGGAUACAGGGCGGUGGCAGUAGUGUGAGAAGAUGGGGUAGUGGGAGGAGACAGGGCAGGUGGUAGUAGUGGGGGAGACGGCGAGUGGUAGUAGUGGGGGGGAGACAGGGCGGGUGGCCGCAGUGCAGUUACAUUGGCUGCUGGAGGCAGUAAAGAGGUGUAUGGGUCCCGCACAGAAUCAGUUGAUAAUUAGACUUAAUGAUUAUGUUUCCUUAUUUCUAAUGAAUCCCUUGUAUGUGUUACUGUUAUUUGCUGUGUCAGCCUUUAUGUGUGUUCUGUGUAAUAAUCCUGAAAGUAGUGCUGCUACCGAUCUCAUAUCAUUUGUAGUAACUUGGAAAAGAUGAGAUAUGAGGUGCACUCUGGAAGCUUAUAGGGGGUAAUCAGAGAUGAACGCAGAUGUGACAUCAUGCAGCCCCUGAAAAAUGGUCCUAGCCCACCCGCGUUAACCCCUCAGGGAUGUGACCGCAAUGUGCGCAUGUAUAUAUUACCACCACCAGCAAACUGUUGCGAGACGCUAUUGCGGCUGGUUCUGAAUGACCCCCAUAGGCUGUUGUGCAGAGUAAAGUAUUUUUUAAGUUUAAAAUAUAGAGAAAAAUCUGUGUAUUAAAAAUAUGAAAUAAAGUUGUUUAAAAACAAAA